CAUACGGACAGAAAGAAUUCUCCGACCAUGGCCUCCAGAGCCUUUUUCGACCCCGUCGUCGCCUUGCGGGCGGCGCCCCUGCUUACAUCCACCUGCUCCCUCUGGUUUGCGUGGGACCAGCACUUCUUCUUGCAUCUCUUCAACAAGCCCGAACUCCGAGAAAAAUCCAACCAAAUGCUGCCCACCUAUUUCCGCUACUUUUUCCGAGGGGGAGUAACUCGCGUCUUGGUUCUGCUCUCUCUGACGCUGUCAUCCACUCUCGCCACCUGCCUUGUCAACCACGACUCGCAUUGGGCCAAUGGGUCUCUGCGUUGGUACACGGCUGGCAUGGUUCUGGCUGCUAGUCAUCUCGCUUUCGUCCCUGCUGUUGCCCCUAAAGUGCAGGCCGUGAUUGAAGACACUUCCAAGGGAAAGAGCACCAACGACUUGGACGGAUGGCUGAAGAUUCACGCCUGGAGGGGCUUAACUGUGGAUUUGGCGGCGUGGUCCUGCUUCGUCGUUGCAACCGUGCGAAACAUCCAGUCGUCGUGAAGAAUCCAGUUGGAAGUGUUCUUUGAUUCGCUCAAUGUGUCAUGAUGUUAUCUGUUCUUAUUAAAGCUGCAGAGUUGGCGAUCAGUUGCUGUCGCCUUCCAGGCUGCACACUCAGAAUUGGGUUGCUGUGUAUAAUUAGUGCUAGAAACAAAUUGUAAAACCACUCUUUAUAUAAAGAUAAUUAUGAAUGUG